GGUUCUCGAUGGUACUCGCGCGCAUAUAUAGAGGGAAACUUUCGAUCAGGCGGCAUCUACACCCUGCAGGGUGUAAUUUCGAAAUUUAGAUGGAGUCUUUGCUAUGAACUUGAUGAUCGGGCUAACUCUUUAGCACACGUGCUUUUGAAGGGCUCGUGUGUGUUAUUUUCCGUCCUUUGUCUUCGUGCAUGAGCCAUGUCCAUAUUUGCAGAAAUGCACUUUCCAUAUUUGUCGAUGGCUCCCAUAACGAGAAUUCGUGUCGUAAGAGGUUCAGUUGUGGUCAAAGGACGGCCACAGUUGCAUAAGCUUACUUAAUGUAUGUACAUGUAACUAAACCGAGCGGACUUUCAAAAUAAUUUUUAACUUUUCAAGACGCUACGUUGAAUCAUGUACCGAACGGCUUUUCGCGCGGGAAAGCGUUUGUACUCGAGCGGUUUACGGAAGGCAAUCGACAGUGAUUUUCCUGCUAAGUCUACAGAUAGGGCGAUCAAAGCUUCGCUGAUGCUGGUGCGAUGUUCUUCAAGUUCAAGUCAGAAAUUCAGUCUAAGUCAAAUCGCUCCAUCGUCAGAUGCAUUUUGUCGUCGACAUAUCGGACCUGAUGCCGAGGAGGAAAAGGAGAUGCUUCGAACACUCAACUUACAGGUAGAUAUACCACAAACGCAGUUUCGCGCCGGAGGCAUUAUUCUCUUUUAGCGUGGAGCAUAUCUUCUUUGAUAGUCAUUACAAUUACUAGGCUUAAAUGUUAAACUCGUGAAAAUAUUUUUCAGCACAUAGAUGAUCUGAUCGACAAAACUUUGCCAUCCACAAUCAAGUAUACCAGGACCCUUGAAAUCGACGAAGCUCUUAGUAAGUCUUACGACCACAUGCAGUGUUCAGCGUGAAAUAUUACUAUGUUGGUUUGCUUUUGCGCUUAAAUCAUUAAAAUCGUGAACUGUUUUUGUUAAGAUUCCCUUACAUUCUUAUCUAAACUACAGCACUUCAUAUCUUCGCAUAAAAGAUAUCUUAAGAACACUAUUUUUAGUGCGAUUGUUAUGAAAUAUUCGGCGCGGUGCCCUUCCGGUUUGAAAGGAACUGAACUCAAAUUUACGAAAAAGUAAAAUUCCGGGCACGGUCGCGAAAAUCUUGACUCUUGUUUUAAUAAAACUACUAGAUAAAUCGACGAAGACGAUCACUAUGGUGUUAAUUCCGCGAGCGACGUAGUCGACCCUUCCUUGCUAGGGGUGAUCAAAUUAAAAAUUUUAAAUUUUGAAUAAAAUUAAGAUUGUUUUGUUGGUUACGUCACGUCAAUAUCAAGAAAUGCGACUUCUUUAUGGUGCAUUCUGUCUGUAGCUCAAAAUUCUUUGACGCAGAAAGAAAUGUUUUGCUGAAAUGUUUUUGCCACUAACAUGUUUUAGUUACAUCUAAGCCCAACAAGUUCUCAAGGAACCGACUGAUAGAAAUUAAUGAUGCGUAGCGAAGGAACAAGUUAAGACCCGUGCAAAAAGGGUCCACUGCCACUGCCUUGAGGGCUGCGACAUGCCAUUAAGCAAAUCUUUUGUUGAAAGCAUCAAAAUGAAUUUGGAAUGUCAAGUUUUCAAUUCAACACGCAAGUUAUGAAUUGAGGCAUAGGGAAAUAUUAAGGAAACGUUUUAUAAUAUUUUUUUUUUGUUAUUAUUUUUAUUUUUUUAUUUAUCUUUUAUUUUCAUACAUUCAUUUUCUUUUAUUUCUUUCAUUCACUCACCGUGUGAGUUAUUCCCAUCGUUGUAGUUAAUGACAUAAAUGCAAAUUUGUCAAGAGUCUCAAGUUUACAAGAUUCUUUUGUGAAAAAUGAUAGAUUAAGAAUGAAUUUACAAAGGGCUUGGGAGAGAACAAAGUAGUAAGUUUCCACUGUUACUUGGCAUCAAUUGUUCAGGGCAGUUCAGAAGUGAUCGUCAACAAUACCCUCAAUAUGGACUUAAUUAAAAUCUUGGAGCCAUCUAAAGAGCCUCACCCUCCCCACCCUCCUUCCCUUUUUGUGGUCAAGGCUUUUGUAAACAUUCUAAAAGAUCUCAUGUAAAACUUUAGGUAUGUUUCUAAUAAGCCCUAGUCUCAAUCCUUCCCCAUUUCAAAUGAAACCAGUGGGAAAAAAACUGUUGUUGGAUUCUAUAUGAGGGAUUGUACCACAGUUUUGUUAUCUAGUCUGGCUAACAGUGCUAAGAACACUUGAACUUGAAAACUUGUUUAAGUAACUAUUUCAGAUAUAAUAAUUUUUUAAUCAAAUUAAGCACAAUACCAAAGGCAGAAUUUAUUCGAGCUGGGUGACUGUUGAGAAGAAAAAUGUUGAUUAGAAUGAAACAGCCCCCAAUUAGUCUUUAAUUGGCCAGCUCUGAUUAUCCCUGUCUGUAAGCCCUGGAAAACAAAGAGCCCUCAUGUACCUUGUUAUUACAAAAGCCUUGAAAAUUUCCUUAGUUUUUUCAACCAUUCACACUCUAACAUCAGCAUGCACUGUCCAUAUAACUCUCUAUACAUUUCCUAAGGUGCUGCAAAGGAGAAUUUGUUUGACAAUCAAGAGCUUCUUUAGGGGGUGAUCAUUUCCUUUAUUCUUACUAGUGACCUUAUUUUGUGAUUCAGGAGAAAUUAGGUCCUGGUCACUAUUAGGGCCAAACGGUUAUUAUUAGUCCUUUUCAUGAAUCAAACAGUGCAAAAGCACCAGUUAUUGCAAUAAACUUAUUGCAGCUUAAUUAAUAAUGGCAAAAGGGACUGAGUGGAGUUCAACUCAGUCUGUGAUCAUACAAGUGAUUAACAAAAUCAGAAAACUGCAAAACAAGAUUCAAAUUUGUUAAUCCUGAGUACAAUUAAAGACAGAAUUUGGACAACAUGAAGUCUUGUGAAUCAAAACUAAGACAAUAUUUGAGAAAGAAACUAGAUAUUCAUUAUAUAUAAGUUUUCAUUAAAAAAAAAAACAAAAAAAACAAAAAAAACAAAAAAAAAAACAGUUAACUCAGUGAAAUGCACAUAACAGCAGGAUACUUUUGUGACACUUACUGUCUGCUUACACAAGCAUGAUGUGUCAACUGUCCUAUUAUACUGUCCAAUUACAAGCAUGACAUGCACAAUGUUCUAUUAGUGUUCAAAUCAGGCUGGUGAUAACAAAUCAUAUUGAAGAAUUUUAAAGUUUUGAUUAAAUCUGUUCUGGUAUUGCUGUACAGGUGAACCUGAUCUUUUGGAGAAGUUACGACAGGUGGCUAAGCACAAUCAAAUCUGGAGGUCAUACAUUGGAAUGGGAUAUCACAACUGUCAUGUACCUACCACAAUCUUGAGAAAUAUUUUGGAAAAUCCUGGCUGGUAUGUUUUAUCUUGGAAUUCAUUGAAAUGUAGAUAAUUAUUCUUGAUGGCAUCAAAGUAUUAUGCACAAGUGCAAGUUUCAAUUAAAUAUGGACAGUGAUCUUUCAUAGUUUUAGUUUUGCUUUACUUUGCUACAGUCUAGAAAACUUGUUUCUACAUCUCAACCAAUCAAAUGCAAAGCUAAUUAAAAAGCAAUCCUUACUUCAACACAGGCUUGAACAUUGGAAGGUUAUAUGCAUAACAAAAUAUUACAAUCAGCAAUUAAAGUUCACUACCAAAAGUGAUUUAAAUUGUAAACCACUACACAAAUUUUCAUUAAAAUCCAUUAAGCAAUCCAUUAACACCAAUAAUCAGCAUUUUUUCUUUUUGUAUUUAAAUGGGAAUUUUUAGGGAGAAUUGGAGAACUCCUGAUUUUGUACAGGCAGCUCUUAAAUUCCAUGACUCAGGUUUUUUUAAGUCAUUGUUUUGUAAAUCUUGACCCCCGCAGGACCACACCCUAUACCCCAUACCAACCUGAACUGGCUCAAGGAAGACUGGAGUCCCUGUUGAACUUUCAAACAAUGGUCAGUGACCUCACAGGGCUGGAUAUUGCUAAUGGAUCACUUUUGGAUGAAGCAACAGCAGCUGCUGAGGCAAUGGCAUUGUGUUACAGGUAGAACUUUACUGGCUAUUGUUUUUUCCUCAAUAAUUUUUGUUGUUAGACAAAUUUUAAUUUUGUUCUCAUUCACAUGAAAUUUAAAUUCCUUAAACUAGUUAAAUAAUGAGUUAAUUUAGUAUUAUCGACUGAGUUGAUAACGUAAAUUAGCCAUCUUAAAGAGUUUUAAAGCUGAGGUUUUGAGCGUUAGCUCUUUGUAAGAGUAAAUGAGGGAAUUGUGGGUUGUCUGUGUGUUUUAUAAUUAUGCAGAAAAUGAAGGUGAAUGAUGAUAUGGGUUCAGGUCUUGACUUUGCUCUUUGUCAAUACUUAAAUUUUUAGGAUGAAAAAUCCAAUUCUUGCAGACCUACAUGUGUUCCUUUUCAGCAAAGUCAAAAAUAACAAUUUGCAAGGUUAUCUUUCAACUUAUCAGACAAGUUCAAGCAACUAUUAUUUUUCUCAAUCACUGAAGUUUAAAAUUACACGACUUUUAAUUUCACUCUAAGUUACAUGUAUAUGAAUUUGUAGUACUUGAGAAAAUUGGGGUCCUACACUCAUCAGACAAGUUAACAUAAUGAUGUGGGUACAGGCCUUGAUUAGGAACUUCAGAUAUUGUAUUCUAGUGUAAAACCACCAACUUUUGCACUCAAUUUAAACCUUGAUCCUUAAGUUUUUCAAGAAUGGAGGAUUGAUGAUCAAGUUUUAUGGACUUUUUCCUGUUACUGUACAGUGACUUGAGACAAUUUCCUUUCUCUAAAGGACAAGAAUCCCAUGCAAUGUAGAAGCAAUACCCACCUUCAUCGAUAGGUUGCUAUGGAAACUAAGAUAAUUUCUAGUCAUUUGCACCACUAGGUUCCCAUGUAAGCUUAAUUAAUAUUGUAUGUAUUAUUUAACGAAAGUUAGACUUUCUCAUACUUUACUGUGAAAAUCUGUUGUCUUUUGUGUGCUUUAGGCAUACCAAGAAGCCUAAGUUUUUUGUGGAUAAGAAUUGUCAUCCUCAAACCAUUUCUGUUGUGCAGACAAGAGCAAGGUAAGUCCAAGUAAUUUAUUUCUAUUUUUUUCAUUAAUUAGCUAUUGUGAUAUUACUUUUAAAUUGUGUUUAUGCCUUACGAAUUUAAAACUUCCUAUUUAGGUUAGUUUGUUAGUUUUUGUUAAUUUGACUGAAAAGUUUAACUGACAGGUUCAAAUGGCAACACAACAAUGACCUAGCAUUACAGAUGGACCAAAGCUGACUUAUCACAACUGACUCACCCCUUGUGAGUCCAAUUGACAAUAACAUUAUGCCUAAACUGUCCAAUUAGUUCACAUGAAACAGACUUAAUACAUUUGACUGAAAAUAGCACUUCACCUGACUCUGAUGAUGACUUUCUCUCAGGUUGUCAAAAUGUUAGUUACUACUACCGACAAUGGUCCUUUUCAGGACUUCUUUCACUUGAACAAUCAGACUACAAGAUCACAUGACAAUUAUUGAUUGUCAGUGCAAAUGCAAAUCAGCAUCAACCAUAAUUAAACAACAUCCACUGAGUUCAAAACUUGUUGAACUGUAAACUUUAUGACAAUACUGGACACAUUUUUGUAGAGUAACUUUUUCUUUUCCUUCUAGCACCCUAGGUCCUGAUGGGGAAGGUUUACAAAUAAUCAUUGGUGACAAAGAAUCAUUUGACUUUUCCAAUAAGGAUGUCAGUGGAGUGCUUUUUCAAUAUCCAGAUACCAGUGGCAAAAUUGAUGAUUUCUCUGAAUUGGUGAAAAAAGCUCAUGAUGUUAAGGUGUGUCAAAAGUCAUGUAGAUUUUGAAAAUGUGUUUAACUUGGGCCACAGGCCAGCCAGCCAGUGGGAGAGAUGAUGACCUGAUGUUCAGAACCCUAGAUUUAAAAACCUAGGUUCAAACUCUGGCCAUGAUCAUUGCUAGGAUGUUGCUUGGUGAACAGAUACCCAUUUUACCUUUUACUCUUCUUUGAAAGCCCUGAAAACCCCACAUUACACUUUUCUUCAACCAUGGGCACCAACAAUCUUUAACAGUUUGACCCUUAAGAGUGACUAGCAUGUAAUUUCACCCCUCUGUAUCACCCCUGAAUCAUUAAUUAUGGUCACAAGAAUAAAGGAAAUGAGUACCAACUAAAGAAGCUCUUGAUUGUUGAACAAAUUCUCCUUGUCAGCACCUUAAGAAAUUUUAAGAGAACAGUAUUGAGAAUAUGGGUAAAAAGGGUAAAUAAAAUUGACAUGUACUGCUGACUUGAGUGUACUAGACUAGUAUUCCAUCUAGGGGUAGCGGCAAAAGCUUGAGUUGGUUUGUGCUACAGAUACAUGUCCUGCAGUAGUAAAAUAAGCUAUGAUAGCUAUGCAUGUCAGUCUUGAAUGCAGACUUAAACUUUAAAAUUGACCCAUCUAGGCAUUAGCAGUGUGUGCGACAGAUCUUCUUGCCCUUACAAUACUGAGGCCUCCUGGGGAAUUUGGUUGUGAUAUUGCCAUAGGAUCCACACAGAGAUUUGGUGUUCCCCUUGGUAAGUUAGUGAUAUCUUGUUAUUAAAGCUGUAAGUUUCUUUUACAAAGAAUACAUGAUCAUCAUAAUGACUAUUUCGUUGGUUUUUGUUUGUUUGUUUGUUUUUUUCAUUUUCAAGUUGUUUCCUUGCAUGUUUAUUUUGAUUAAUCUUUCUUUGGAGAUAAAGUCACUGUAAACAAAUGAUUUAGCAGUAAUAACAAGAAAAGAAAAGAAAUGUAACUCUUAUUGCUUUAGGCUAUUUUUUCCUUCUAGUCCAACAGAUCAACACACAAAUGGCAGCCUUCUAAAUUUAGACUUUUCUUUUUUAACUUUGUUUACUCAGGUUAUGGAGGACCUCAUGCAGGCUUCUUUGCUGUGCGCAACAAAGGAAACUUAAACAGAAUGAUGCCUGGAAGAGUGGUUGGUGUUACAAGGUAAAAAAAUAAUAAUUUUGUCAAGGGUUCUUGCCCUUCAUUUAUCACAGACAUAGUGCUUGAUAGUACAGUGUUAGUAAAUGACUUGAGAUAUAAUUAUAUUGGAUGACUUUGUGACUGAUUGAAUCAGCAUUCAUUGCAGUUGAAGCACAGAUAUCACAUUCAGAUUUUAUGUUUCGCAGAGAUUCCCAGGGGAAAACUUGUUAUCGAUUGGCACUUCAAACACGUGAACAACAUAUCAGAAGAGAGAAGGCCACCAGCAACAUUUGCACAGCUCAGGUACAGUGGAUUUGUACUAAUAAUUUACAUUGCAGUUCUCACUUUGUUGCAUCAACUCAUUCAAGUAUGAAUGAGUAACAGUACUCUUAAAUAUCAGUAAUACAUUAAUUGGUAUUAGACAUUUAUUCAAAAGUCCUGUCACAACCUGUCUCAUGACCUGACUGUUUUCAAGGUUCUGAACAAUUAAUGAAACUAUACUUGACAUCCACAAAGAGAGAGCAUUUAAGUCCCACAAGUGACCAAGACAGAAUUUCUCCUCACAAUAUCAAUACAAUAUCAAGCAGAUAAGUUAUGAGAAUAAAGAAAGAUAUCAAUUAGGGGAUUAUAAGUUGAUCCAAUACCAAAUUCUCCAAACUAACAUUACAAGAAAAGUAU